AUGAUCACCACACUAAUCACCUUCUUAUCCGUUGGAAGUUUUCUGCUGGUAAAUGCAGGAAAACUGGCUUACUACAAUGACCGAUUGCCAGCUCUGGAACCAGUUCCCGUCUCGUAUUAUUGGCCCAACGAGGAUGUCCUUGCCUUCGAUGAACCGGAUGCGAUUCAUUAUCCCGCGUGGUUCCAAUUGCCCUGGAGACCGAUUUCCCUACAGCAGCCGGUAUUAGAAGAAGACCCCAUAGAAAAGCAUACACUACCCCCGGCAACUGAGUCUCCACCGGUAACAACUACCGAAGACGAUACACCCGAAGGACGGCAUCUUCAUCAGAAAAAAACACACAAACACAAGCAUCACCACAAGUACAAACAGCAUCAGCAUGAUAAGGCGAUCAAAUCGGCUGGAUUUCCUGUGGAUGUUUCGGAUGAGUUGCAGUACGCCAAUGUUGGUCAGCUGAAAAUGGUUAUCCUACAGCUGGAACAUAAACUGCAAGAGCUUAAGCUGCAACUAUUCGGUAGUCGAACGCUAACCAGUGAUGCCACUAUUGAUGAUACCGAUGAUACUGCGCGAGCCGAAGACGAAAGCACUAACGGUGAUCAUGAAGCAUACGAGAAGAUGGAACAGACUGUUGAAGAUGCAUCUCGAGUAUUGACGGAUAUUACGUCCACAUCCGCUGAAAAGGAUGAGGGAAAACUUCUGCUAGAGGAGAAUAAUAAACCCGCCACCGAGCUAGAGCUGGAACAUCGGAAAAUUGAAGCGAAUCCCUUCGACAAUGGAAGAAGCUUGACGGAAAAUGUACAAAAGUGGUUCGAAGGACUUGAUUUGGGUAAAAUUGCCGCGUUACCAUUGGAAGAGUCGGUGGAAAGUGAAGAUGUUUCGGGAACUAUCGAUGUUAGGGGUAAUUUUAAUAAAAAGUAA